UUUUAGCAAUGAGAAUUAUGUUGUACCGUGAUGAUGGUAGCAGCAGCAGCACCUCCUGGAUCUAGUCUGGGCAUUUUAGUUACCUCCUGUCAUGUGAUGGCAGUGGGCAUGACAGCUCAUGCCUCUGUGUUGAUCUGUGUAAAUAUGAAGAAGAAAACUUUGGGCUAUUUUAGCAAAAUUGGCAUGAGGCAAAAGAUAAAAGGCUAGGUCUUAAUUUUUAUAGGUCACUGUAUCUCCAUUUACUAUGCGAAUUAAUCUUACUGGUACAUGUAGUUUUGGAACUCCUGAUACAAUCUGUUUCUCUCUUGUCACUUCUUUGUGUUUCUAUACAUGAUAUUUCAGUGUAAGGACUGUCUUUUAUAAUCCUGUUUUUUUAAAGUAGUAUUUUUCACCAGUGGUUCAGCUGUUACCAAGCCCCUUACCAAAUGGCUAUUAAUCUAAAUUCAACUUGUCUUGUAAUGGCAAGAACAAGGACACUCCUUAGAGUGUCCUUACCUGUUCAUUUUAUUUGUUUUCCAACCUCCUGAUGAAGUUUGUUGUUGUUCCAUCAACAGGACAGCAAAGUGAGAGAUUGCUCUACAUACUCCUCAUUGCUGCAGACCUUACUCUGUUUAUACCCAAAACUCUGACUCAGUGCUGUUGGUGUCAGCUCAGUCUUUCCCUGGCUUCAGGUUGUUCUGAAUCAGCCUAUAAACCUAAAAUUCAAAGCUGCUUCUAACAAAGAAAACAAAACCUUUUUUUUUUUUUUUUUUCCUAACAGAACUUGUGUUGUGGUUUAAGCCUGUUGUUCACAUCUAAUCAUGUUCACCAGUGAUCAUUCCAAGCAUCAUAUAUUAGAGUGAAAUUACCUAGUAUUCAAUAUUUCCUUGAUUGCAUUUGGUUCAUCAACAAUUACUGCAUUUAAAAAGGGCGGUGGCGUUCUGUCAUCCCUGCUCUCUCACUCUGCAAUUGGGAACAGUGCUUAGGAAGGGUUGUAAACGUCAUCCAGGUAGCUAAGGUAAUCCCUGGUAUUUAAGGAGGUGAGAAUAAACACUGGCCUUCUUUUAGGUGUGAACAGGUAUGAGAUAGGUUGGAUCAGACUACUCAAAAAAUUUGUAAAGCCGAGGCCAUGUGUUUUGGAAGGUGUGCUAGAUGUGUUGGUUAUAAGUUGCUCAUCCUUGCCCUGCUCUGCAUCGUGGCCAACGUUUUACUUUAUUUUCCCAAUGGCGAAACAAGAUUUGCUUCAGAGCAUCACCUCAGCAGAUAUGUGGAGUGCCUUCAUGGCAUUCUAGGUGGAGGCUUUCUGGUUCUUAUUCCAGCUGCAGUGUUCAUUGGGCUGCACAGUGAUGACUGCUGCGGGUGCUUUGGCCGUGAGGACUGUGGGAAGAGCUGUGUGGUGCUGUCCUCAGUUCUGGCAGCCUUUGUUGGGAUCCUUGGCUCUGGAUACUGUAUAAUCAUUUCAGCACUGGGCUUGUCUCAAGGACCGUAUUGUUUUACCCACCUACAGAGAAACUGGAUCUAUCCUUUCACUGAUUCCUCUGGAGGGUACUUGUUUGAGUAUAAUAAGUGGUCUGAAUGUCAAGAACCUCAAAACAUCGUGCAGUGGAACGUCACCCUCUUUUCCAUCCUCCUUGUCUUGGGAGGAAUAGAGUUCAUUCUGUGCUUCAUACAGAUAAUCAAUGGCAUUCUUGGAGGACUCUGUGGGUUUUGCCGCAGUCACGAGGAGGUAAGUCAGUCAGCUGUAGUUAUAACCCUGCUUCUCAGAUGAACAUGAAACAGUAUUAUUACUGAUGCUAUUGUGGAGUCUUACUCAACAGUUACUUUUUAUAUAUUCAUAAGCAACAAGUUCCCCGUACAACUGGUUUUAUAACCCUGCUGUGUUUAGCGUUUUCAUGUAGUGUUUGGCCGCAUCCUUUCAGCUGAUUCCUCAGCUGUCACAGUGACAUUAGUCUAUAUGGGAGCUAGGAGCUGGAAGGCUUUUGUCUGCCCAAUGGCACAUAAGAUCAUCAGCACUGCAUAGGUGAUAUAACUGAGACACAGAUCUCUUGGUAGUUGUGGUCUUUGCCUAAACCAUGGUUGCACAUUGUGGUGCUUGUUCUAAUUAUAUUGCAUUAGCCUUGUGUUUUGCCCACAGCAGCUCAUAAACUACUGAGAAUAUGCUGCACGUAAUGAAAACUGCAGCAUCCUGGCCUUGCUUAGUAAAAGUAAGAUAAGAGAAGGAAUUAAAUUUUACAGCUAAUAAAAUCUACAGACAGGUAUGAAGGGUUUUUGAAGGUGGAUUUUUUUGAGUGAGGAAGAGGAAUUUCCUCCAAAUUUCCUUAAAGCUUUGAUAAACAGUUUGAGCAUAUUGCUAAAAUCAGUAUCAUAGUGGUAGUGUUGGAAUUGCCAUGGCUUAACGUAUGAACCGGAUAUAGUUAAUAUCACACGUUGUAGAUAAGAACGUGUUUCACAUUUUUAAUUGACAUAGUUGAGUGUUGGGACUUUUUCAAAGCUGUUACUGUCUUCUUCCUCCUGUCUUCCAUGGUCUAACUGCAGUAUAGAAGAGGCAUGCUAUGGUUGUCUAAAUUUGGUCAGGUUAAUUUUUUCAUUUGUAGUUGGACACUAUUACCAUUCUUUCUAUUAAUAUGUUAAUAUGUUUCUUUCUUUUUGUUCCCCCCGCAGACAUAUGUUUGCUAGAAACCUGACAAUUCGUUGACGUCGGUGUGUGUCUAUGUAAUGUAAUGCGUAUUCUGUGGAUUUUUUUUUUUUUAAACAAGCCAUGCAUACUGAAAUACCCAUUGUUGCCAAACUGUGCUGUUGCCAUCAGUUUAACUGACUUGAGGCCAAGCCUUUGUUAUUGGAGUCAUGAGCAGGUUUUUCACUAACCUGCCUGUACUUAAAGUCAAAAUGUAUCCUGAAUUUCUUCAGUUCAUUUUAUCUUAGUACAGGCAGUUGCCUGAGCAUGUCUUUAUUUAUUUUUUUUUUUUCUUUCUACUGACACAACAGCUCUGUACUUUAUCCUGCUUUCCCAAUAAAGUUGCUCUUUCAUUCUGAUGUUGGAAUGAACACAAACCAAAUCUAGUCUGGCCUGGAUAUAAAUGAAUACUGGGUUUUGGGUAUAUACAUGCACUUCACCUUUUUAGGAUUUUUCUGAACUUCCCCUGUAUUUCACAAAUAAAGAUUUGUAUUAAAAAUACCCAUCAGGUGUCAAUGAUUCCUUCCCUGCCCGUGCUGAAACACUGCUUGCCUGGCCUUGGAGUAAAGGACAGCGGUGGCAUGAGAAUGUGGAUAUAAUGCCGUCAGGUUAUAACCUGCUUUUCCUCUCCAACAGGCUCUGCCGGAGUGGAACUGCUUUACUGCUUGGUUUGGAUCAUUUAGCUGAAUCAACAAGUGUUCAACAACAGCUUUGUGACAGAUACAGCUGCACAUGUGGAAUCCUGGUCCUGACUGGCAGUUCCCAAAAGGGUCCCCAUGCAGCUGAA